AUGAAGCUACACAUCACAUGGUGGACAUGCUUCCCUCUGUACAUGAAGCUACACAUCACAUGGUGGAUAUGCUUCUCUCUGUACAUGAAGCUACACAUCAGAUGGUGGACAUGCUUCCCUCUGUACAUGAAGCUACACAUCACAUGGUGGACAUGCUUCCCUCUGUACAUGAAGCUACACAUCACAUGGUGGAUAUGCUUCCCUCUGUACAUGAAGCUACACAUCACAUGGUGGAUAUGCUUCCCUCUGUACAUGAAGCUACACAUCACAUGGUGGAUAUGCUUCCCUCUGUACAUGAAGCUACACAUCACAUGGUGGACAUGCUUCCCUCUGUACAUGAAGCUACACAUCACAUGGUGGAUAUGCUUCCCUCUGUACAUGAAGCUACACAUCACAUGGUGGACAUGCUUCCCUCUGUACAUGAAGCUACACAUCACAUGGUGGACAUGCUUCCCUCCAUCAGAUGGACAUAUUUCCCUCCAUCAGAUGGUGGAUAUGCUUCCCUCUGUACAUGAAGCUACACAUCAGAUGGUGGACAUGCUUCCCUCCAUCAGAUGGUGGAUAUGCUUCCCUCUGUACAUGAAGCUACACAUCACAUGGUGGACAUGCUUCCCUCCAUCAGAUGGUGGAUAUGCUUCCCUCCAUCAGAUGGUGGAUAUGCUUCCCUCUGUACAUGAAGCUACACAUCAGAUGGUGGACAUGCUUCCCUCCAUCAAAUGGUGGAUAUGCUUCUCUCUGUACAUGAAGCUACACAUCAGAUGGUGGACAUGCUUCCCUCUGUACAUGAAGCUACACAUCAGAUGGUGGACAUGCUUCCCUCCAUCAGAUGGUGGAUAUGCUUCCCUCCAUCAGAUGGUGGACAUGUUUCCCUCCAUCAGAUGGUGGACAUGCUUCCCUUCAUCAGAUGGUGGAUAUGUUUCCCUCCAUCAGAUGGUGGACAUGCUUCCCUCCAUCAGAUGGUGGACAUGCUUCCCUCCAUCAGAUGGUGGACAUGCUUCCCUCCAUCAGAUGGUGGACAUACUUCCCUCCAUCAGAUGGUGGACAUGCUUCCCUCCAUCAGAUGGUGGACAUGCUUCCCUCCAUCAGAUGGUGGACAUGCUUCCCUCCAUCAGAUGGUGGACAUGCUUCCAUCUGUAGGUGAAGCUACACAUCAGAUGGACAUGCUUCCCUCCAUUAGAUAGUGGACAUGCUUCCCAGCUAUGUUCAUGUUCACUUGAGGUGCCCUCGUGAACUGACAGUUCCUAUUUGAUCCAGUAAUCCAUUAAUCCAGUAUGACAUGGCACUGUGUAGUGAAGGGGACAAAUGUGUUGCCAUGGUGUUAUCCUGUCUUACUUGCUAUUAAGGCCUGACCCAUUUCUGUUUUCAUUACAGAUGAGCAAAAAAGCUAUGGGGCAGGCCUGAUAGUGAGAGCAUGGUUUUAGUGCCAGACAAAUGCAGUUGUUGUUGGUGGUGCACAAAGCAAUAAUGUGAUAAUAUAAUACUCUAUUUGAUAGAUGUUAAUCUCAGCAUUAAGUGAUCGAGCAAUCAUAUUCAGUACUUUAGUCUCAUCAUACUGACCAGAUGUCACUCCACAUCGCUGUGUAAGAAUUAAGUGCCAUGUCUCUUAAGUGCUUCCACUCAAAGGGUCCCAUGUUAUGGUGUUAACAAGUGAAGCCAUGUUUCUCUCAAGUGCCUCUAAACUUGUGCGAUUGAGGGACUAAAUACUGAAAAUCUUUAGUUCAAUCAAUUACCUGACAAUCUGUGCCUUAUAUAUAUACACUGUUAUUAUUGAUACACAUUAGUGGUAUUUUUUAAAUGAUUGUUUUGGCGUUUUCUCAUAAGCUAUUUUGUUAUUCAAGAUGCAAAUAUAAAGAUCUGACAAUAAAGUCUUAAUCCUGGUAA